AUGCCGUGCGGGGCUAGGUCUCCAGCCCUCAGUUCUCUGCAGUGGGUGGCAGAGAUCCUCCCCCCGAGCAUCAAAGUCCACGGGCGGACCUUCAGCCAGCAGCUGGAGCACCUGCUCACCAUCCAGGAGAGAUACACCGUCUGCAAGUCCCUGGAGACCUUCUUCCAGCACAGGAAUGUGGACACUCUGAUUGUCGACGUGUUUCCGGUGUUGGACACUCCGGCCAAACAGCUGAUCUGGCAGUUCAUCUACCAGCUCCUGACGUACGACGAGCAGGAGCGUUGCCAGGGGAAACUGUCACGCUUCCUGGGCUUCAAGAGCAGCGCCGUUCUGGAGCCUGGCGUCAGCCCGGAGCAGCUCCACCGGCGGAGCAGCUCCAUGAGGGUCUCGGGGUCGUCGUUCCGCAACCCGAUCCGAGAGAGGAGCUCUGACGACUGCAUCAUCGGGACUCACCUGGGAAUGGCCAUCCUCAUCGCCCACCUGAAGCUCUCCACCUCUGAGCUGCGUGAGGUUCUGAUGAACAUGACCACGGAGCGUCUGGAGCCCGCUCACAUCAAGCAGCUGCUGCUGUACGCCCCCAACGAAGAGGAGGUCAAGCAGUACGAGCAGUUCGAGCAGGACCCCGCCAAACUCAGCGAGCCAGACCAGUUCAUCUUCCAGAUGCUGACGGUUCCCGAGUAUAAAACCCGUCUGCGGAGCCUCCACUUCAAGACCACCCUGCAGGAGAGGACGGAGGAGAUGAAGGUUGCGUACGAUUACAUCUACAAGGCUUCAGUGGAGCUGAAGAGCAGCAAGAAGCUCGCCAAAAUCCUGGAGUUUGUACUUGCAAUGGGGAAUUACCUGAACAAUGGGCAGCCCAAGAGCCACCGGACGACCAGCUUUAAGAUCAACUUCCUCACUGAGCUUAGCACAACCAAAACAGUAGACGGGAAAUCCACCUUCCUCCACAUUCUGGCCAAGUCUCUGUGCCAACACUUCCCCGAGCUGCUCAACUUCUCCAGAGACCUCACAACGGUGCCUCUGGCCGCCAAGGUGAACCAGAAGGCCAUCACUGCAGAGCUGACUGACCUUCACUCCACCAUCCUGGACAUCAGGAAGGCGUGUCUGAAGAUCCCGCCCACCUCCGAGGACCACUUCGCCUCCGUCAUGAGCAGCUUCCUGGAGAACAGCCACCCUGCGAUCCAGUCUCUGGAGUCCCUGCAGACCCUAGCCAUGGAGGAGUUUUCCAAAGUGGCCUCGUUCUUCGGAGAGGACAGCAAGUCCGCCAACACCGAGUCCUUCUUCGCCAUCUUCGCAGAGUUCAUCGGCAAGUUUGAGAGAGCUCUCAGUGAGACCAAGACUCCAGAAAACCCCAGAAGCCCCAGACUGUCCUCCCCUCUGGUCUGGUAGAAGAAAAGAAAGAAAAAGAGGAUUAUGGUCAGAUGUCGGCUUCAUUUUCACUCUGCUCUCCAACAACCAAAGUGCCAAGAUCACACACAGAGACACUCACAGCGACGGGAACAGAGAGCGCGUCAUCUAUAGCAAACGGAAUCUAACUGUAGAAAAUCACAGAUAAUGAGCGACCUGUGUGCAUGUGUUAUUUCAGGUGUGAACAGGAAGUCACCGCACACUAGUCUUUACUGUACUUUUUAAAGCAGGUAGUCAAAUAAUUAAACCCUCUACUAGCUCCGGUGCAUCUCGAUAUUUAGGUUACUAGCGAUGUUUAAUACGUGACUAUAUAAAAGUUUAUAUUUUCUAUCAGAGAGUAAGCGUAGAUGUAGACGGAUGAAACUAGAAGCAGGUGUAGUUUAGGUAGCGUGUGCAGAGCCAGAGAGUUCAUACAGCGGUGCGUUCACUGCCUCACACACAGCACGAGUUCAUUACUAAUGGUAAAAAUCAAUGUUGUAUUCCAGCAUUAUGUAUCACCAUUACUGAUUUAGAGUUACAUUACAGUAUCAUGCUAUCACACUGUGAGUUUAAAGGGCAUCUAUCAUAGGAAUUGUAAUACAAUACAAAUAUAUAGGGAGAUUAAGUCAAAUUCAUCCACACCCACUGGUUCAGUUAAUAAUCUCUAUGGAAGCAAAACAACGCUUUUUUAAUAUAAACAUCUGAAUGCCCUACUUUUUUCAGGUUUUCACAUUAAUUCUAAAAACUUUUCGUUAAGGGCAUUAGUUGGAUGAAACAAAUGAAAUUGUUCAAAACCCCCCCUGGAGGUAACUUUGGGAUUUUAGCCUUUGCAGACCAUUUACAUGCACCAACACCUUGAUAACACACUACAGGAAAGGGAAAAUACCCCCAAAAAACGUGUUUAAACUGCAGCAGCUCAUAGGCAUUGUGAUUGAUUGCCUGCAAGGACUCUAGAUGAAUCCGCACACUACAGGAAAGAGAAAAUACAUUAAAGGGCCCCUUUAAAAACGCAGCUACUCAUUUGCAUUGUGACUUUUCUGCUUGCGAAGGACUUCAAGUUGAAUGAAAUAACUUAUAUUUAUUCCUGAAACAUCCUCAGACCACCUUUCACAGAGAGGCGACACUGAACACAUCAGCGUGUGGAGAAACCUGGCUCACAAAUCCUCUGUUUGGCAAAGCGUGGGUCUCUGGGUUUACAUGAGAGGGCUGAGUGCUUCAGGCAGAGGCUCUACAGUGAGGUAAACACAGCGUCUGAUGAAUGAAACGCAUGUGGAGGAAAAUCUAAACGUCCUCCUGUAAAUGGUUCCUUCCUGCUUCCUGGUCGUCAUGGUGACUCCUCUACAGUACAGUGUGUUGUAUUUAUGUCGAUGAAAUAUUGUUGAGAUUGUACAUUUACAGUUUUUGCUAUGCACUGCUCAUCAUUUCAUUUUUUACCGUAUGUGUGUCAUCGGGACAUUCUUGUUAUUUAUUCUUUAUGCACUGCUUUAGUCAGGCUCAUACAACGGCGUCUUAGGGACAUUUGUAGUUUUAAAAUAAAUAAAUAAUUAUAGAGCCAGGAGAGGUGAGUAAUAUCUGAAAGACAUAUCCAAAGACUAAAGUUGUAAAUACAUAAAAAAGUGUAUCUUAUGUGAAAAAACAUGGAUAUAUUUUGUGAAUAAAGAGGUCAAUUUACGUGAAAAAUAAUGUACAUUAUUUGAGAUUAAACUAGUAGGAAAGAGUAAUUAAUUCAUCUUUUAUAAUUACAUUUUUUAUAUUAUUAAUCUGUAAAUAAAAAGUCAUAAAUUGGCAAAGAAAUCUGAAAUACCCCAAAAUCAAAGGUUCACACUUUAAUUAAAAAAAAUCACAAUAUUCAAGUUUUUUCCUCAUGAAUGUAUUAAUAAUAUUAACUUAUUCCAAGAAUAUAUAAAUACUUUUUUCAAAUUAUAAUCCUAUGCUUUAACUCUAAAUAUGACUCCCCUCUGGCUCUGUUAUUAUUUACUUUUGAACCUCUGUGGUCCCAAUAUGCCGAGCUGACUGAUCUUGUAAAAUGCGACCCCAGCUGCGGCUGCAGUCUCAGUGUUUGUUGUCCAAAUGGAUUGCAUGUUGGUGCAGUCGAUAUGUGAAGAUGUGCGGCUGGUAGCAUUCCCCCCCCCUCCCUGGAUAUUUAAGUUUAAAAUAAAUACAGUUCUGUCUACUUUA